AACAUGGCUCCCAGAGGUAUGAUCACCGUGACAACCAUUCUCCUCUGCUUCAUACUGGGCCUGCUCAGUCCGGCUCCAGCUGCCUUAGGUUCCCAUAUGGGCAAAGCCUGUUGUACAAGAUACAAUAGGAAGCCAGUACCGUUCCAGCGUAUAAAAGGCUACAGAGAACAAACAACCACGGAAAACUGCCGCAUCGAGGCGAUCAUUUUCUACACGGUUAAGAAGAUUGAGAUAUGUGCAACACAGAAGGAUGAGUGGGUGAGGAAAACUCUGGAAUUACUCAGUUCCAAACUGAAGAAGAUGUCCAAGGCUGACUCUGUUGCAGGUGAAACCCAGAUGAGGAAAAGUGUAACUUCUUCAUUUACUGAUGGAAGUGGAUCUUUCCUCCAUACCACGGACACUUCCCCAAACAGCACUGAAAGCUUCUAUUAGCAAAAACUAGGUUGUGGUGUUAGAGAUUUGAAAUUAAACAUAGACAUGCCAAUUUCAGUGAAUGUUUGAGAGAGAAUGGACCUAUUGUAAUCCAGUCAUGUCGGGGAUAUUAUCUCUGAAAAAGUAAAGAAAAGCUAACUACUUUUACUUGCCUAAA